AUGAAGCUUUCGCUGCCAUGGCUGUGGCUUCUGAGCAGCUUCGUUUUUUGUGCUCGCAGCUGGAGCUGUCAAAGGUGGGAAGAGGGCCGGAAAGGAUUCUGGGAAGCCUUGGAGGCAAGGAGGCCGUGGCACCCCUCAAAGCGCCAUGCAGCUCAAGCUCCUCUCGACUUCCAAGACUUCCUCGACUUCGACUGCCCGCCAGCCGCGGUCACGGUCCUUGCCUUCCAGCUGCUGGCCGACCUGGAAGCCGGAGAUGGCCUCAGCCAAGACAGGCUUCUUCAACUGGAGGAGCUUUUGAGGCACGCCUUCGAAACCGAAGGCCGCGCCCUGGCCGCGAUGCUCUGCUCUGGCUUCCCAGUCUUCGGUGUGCUGGACUGGCUCGCGGAGGAGAUCCUCGACCCGAGCGACGAAAGCCUUGCGGACUGCGUUGGCGUCCGUGCCGAUCAGUUCCACAAAGCGCUGCACCACCACGUGCCUGCGCCUACGUGGCUUUCCGGGCUGCCCAUGCCGCUGCCGAUGGCCGCGGCCCUGGACUUCCUCCUGGCCACGCGAGGCCAAGGAGGCUGCGGCGUCGGCCGGGCCGCGGCGACCUUGGCGCUGGCCCUGGCGGAGCUGCGCCCCGUCGGCAGCGACAGCGAGACCUGUCACUUCAACCUGGGCUCGGCGGCUGAGGCGGGACCCGCUGCUCUCCCGCUCCCGCUCUUCACGCUGCUUGCGAAGGCACAAAAUCUCCUCUUGGAAGAGGAAGGCGCUUUGGCCCUUCGGCUGCUGCAUCGGAGGUGGUUGCCUGCCAGGCUUCUGCACGAGCUUAGCCGGCUGCUCCUGCCCGUGUCGUCCCGCGAAUCGGACUCAGAGCAGAAGGGGCCCUCGGAGCCCUCGGAGGAUUGUUUGAUUCUGAUCUACACCUUUCCGACGGAGGAGAUCCGCAGGGACGUGCGGAAAGCCUUGGCCUCCUUGCAGUCGAACUACGUGGAGGCCUCCUUGGGCGAGUCCAGGCGGCCUCGGCUGGUGGUCUUCGUCGACGCCGACAGCGAGCGCUUGCUGAAAGCGGAUCUGGUGCCCUUCACGAGCUUGGAGAUCCAAGCGGCUGUGAUCCCAGAGACGGAGCUUCGCCGCCCCAUGCCCUCCUACAGCUGCCAGCAAGGGGAGUUCUGCGUUUCUGGAGAUGCGGAGAUGGAACUUCAGGUGGACGCCCACCGCGCCAAGGUGAACGGGACGCAGUACUGGUCUCCCACCUAUCUGCGUAUCUCGCGCUACACGGCGGGGCCCCUCUUCCUCCAUCCCGCCCUGGACUCUUGCCGGCAUUUCCUCAAGAUCGACACCGACUUCUUCUUUACCCAAGCUCUGGAGAGGGACCCUUUCCGCCACAUGAAGGAUUCGGGCCUCCGCCUGGGCUACUGGCAGAUCCACGUCCAAGGCCAGAGACAGGAAAACUACAUGCAAGCCUCCCUGGCUUUCUUGGAGGAGCAGCAGCUGCGCAUCCGCAACCGGCGCUUCGACGCGCGCGGCCGCUUCGAGGAGAAGGCGAAGAAGCUGCAGAUCUCCUUGGAGUCGGUCCCGGUGGCGCUGCAGGCGUCCACCGUGCUGUACGGCUGCCUCUUCGGCGGUGACACGCGCUUCUUCCGGGAGCCGCUGUACCAGUCUUUCUUCGAGUACAUGGAUCGCCAGCGAGGCUUCGAGCGUUAUGGUUGGAGCAAUCAGUUCUUCCUGGGCACCGCAGCGGCGGCCUUCCUGGCGCCCUGUGAGGUGAGCCGGCUUUAUGUAAGCGGCGUGCACCAGGAGUCCUCCAUCAACGUGUCUGGCAGUGAACUGACCGAGUUCCUGCUGGGUGCAAGUCACAGCUUCAUGCGGUGA